ACCGCUUGCGCUCAGCAAUGUUUUGUGUAGAUUCUGUUUUUCUAAUAAUAUUUACAUUUAAUAAUUAAUUGACUAAGAAUAUUGAGUGUACAUAUAUACAAAAUUAUUUUCUAUACUAUAGAAAAUGGAAGUGACCCGAAAGAAUUUUAAAGAGUCUCUGCCUAUGGUGGCAGCCUCUAUAGAGAAAGCAGACUUUCUGGUAAUAGAUGCGGAAUUCACAGGAUUGAUAAACGGCCGCGAUGUAUCGGUAUUUGAUUUGCCGCAAGAGUAUUACUUGACUCUACUGAACGGUUCUACAGAAUUUCUUCUUAUUCAGUAUGGAUUAUGCGCUUUCUAUUGGGAUGAUAAAGAAGAACAUUACAUGAACGAUGCUUACAACUUCUAUUUAUUUCCGCGAAGUCGCCCAGGGCCUGAGAAAAUGUUUCUCUGCCAAAGCUCCAGUUUGGAUUUCCUUGCAUCGCAAGGAUUUGAUUUUAACAAACUGAUCAGAGAAGGUAUAUCAUACAUGACGGAACCAACAGAGACAAGACUUAGGGAAGUCUUAAUAGAGCGGCAGAAGUCAUAUUCCAAUGAAAAGGGAACUAUAAUAAUACCUGAGGAACAUAAAUCUCAAAUUGAAGAUAUAUGCAAGAAGGUCCAGGACUUUCUCAACAGCGAUAAAACUGAGGAGAUGGAAAUCGAUCGCUGCAACGCUUUCAUGCGGCGGCUGCUCUUCCAGGAGUUGGGAGCGAGGUUCAAGGAAGAAGUGUUUGUGGAGACGAAAGUACUGGAGAAUAAGGAUAGGGUGUUAAAAGUGACGCGUCUCUCGUCGGCGGACGACAGGAGGAGUCGCGAUGUAGAGAAGAAAGAAAAAGAGUGGGAAGAGUUUGAGGAUGCUGUCGGCUUCUCUAAAGUAGCGAGGAUGAUCAGUCAGUCGGGAAAGCUUGUGAUCGGCCAUAACAUGCUGUUAGACUUGUUGCACACGUUGAACCAUUUCUUUCAACCGUUGCCGUCAGACUAUGCUUCGUUCAAGGAGUUUGCUCACUGCAUGUUUCCCAGGUUACUAGACACAAAGUACAUGUCGAGCCUCCCACCUUUCAAAGACAAAGUGAACUCCAGUGUGCUCCAACAUCUGUUGGCAACAUUAUCUGAACCACCGUUUGCGCUGCCUAAAAUUACGUCCCUCGACGGGCGCGGCUACGAGCACCUCGCGGACAAGCAGCACGAGGCGGGCUACGACGCGUACAUCACCGGCGUGUGCUUCCUGGCGAUGCACGCGCACCUGGCGCGCAUGCGCGGCGAGCGGCGUUGCCGCAUCGCGCCCGACGCCGCGCUGCUCAAGCCCUUCCUCAACAAGCUGUUCCUCGCCAAGACGGCGCACCAGGAGUCGCCCUACAUCAACCUGACGGGCGCCGACCCGUCCCCGUCCCGCGAGCACGUGUUCCACAUCACAUUCCCGAGGGAGUGGCAGAGAUCGGAUCUCAAUCAGCUAUUCAGUGUCUAUGGACAAAUAACACUACAGUUCCUCGACGACACCACUGCAUUAGUGGCUUUAUCCCGGCGUGACUUGGCCAAGACGGUCAUGAGAGCGUUCGCUAGUAACAAGAACAUUCUAUUGGUGCCGUACUCUAAAUAUAAGGGCUUUGUUAACAGGGCGCACACUUCCCUCCCGCGCCAGAAGUCGCUCGAGCGCCGCGACGAAACAACUGACGCGUACGUCAAAGUGAACACACCUGACGCCGCCCAGCAGAGUCAAGCAGACUCGUCUCAAGCCACGGAGUCGCCGGUGAAGAGAACUCGCUCCAGCAGUUUCAACUCGCCGACAAAACAGCCGGCGACCACUCGCAAACGCACUUCUUCAGGCGUGUUUCAGGUUGAGGAGGCGGAACCGCCUCCAAAGAAACCAGAGCACGCUCGAGCGGAUUCCGAAAUUUCCAAAAAACCAGAAGUAAGAACCAAUGGUCGGCGGAAAACUCCGGAAAACGAAAAGGAAAAGGCAAAAGAAAAGGCAAAAGAAAAGCGCAAUGAGAAGAAAGAAAAAGAUUUACAGGAUACAGAGAAAAGGAAAGAAACAGUGAUAGAAAGAUUUGACAGUGAAAGUAAGACUCAAUGUGUGUCGGCUUUUAAGGAAAGUGAUAGUUGGGACUAAGAAAUAAAUUGAUGUGAAUAA